GAGGAGCUGCAGCGGCAACGCGCCUGCUACAAACCAGAGCGGUUGUUAAAAGUUGGAGUCGAACCAAGCGAGAUAGUGACAGAAACAUCAGAUACGGCUGCGAUGUCACAUUAAAUCACUUUAAUCUUUCCAAGCGGGCUGCUAUGACUCGGCCUUGAUGCAGCUAAACGGUGCUAUUCCCUCAAGUCGAGCAGGAAAACAAAACCCUGCGCUUGUCAGAGCUGUUGGAGGCGUUAUAAAGUGACAAGUUCGUUUCAGUGAAAGCUUUAACGUUGUGCCAAAAUGUUCGACUCUCGCAGCCCAUUGAAAGGAUUUCAUGUGUGUCUGAGUUGAUAAAGUCACGUCGCCAGCAGUUGAAAUCAUUAGCUGGAGAUUUGUUAAAAUGUGCGGCUGUAAGAACGGCCGUGGGUCAGGCUAAUCGAUAUAUGUUCCUCAGGUCUAUGCACUCUGCAUGGUGACCUGUAUGCGGGAGCUCCCAAACAAGCGGCUGGCGGAGAAUGGAAAUGAGAAGCGUGAGUCCCCGUCCCUACCCCCGGGACAGCCCGGAACGGAAGAACAACAGCCCCGAGGGUCAAGGUGCACCUCCCGGUAAGAAGGCCAGGCUGGAGCCGAACGGGAGCCCGACAGACGGAGGCAGGGGGAGAUCCAACGGCUCCCCGGUCAAGGCGCUGGGAGGAUCAACCCUGCCAGUGUUUUGUGUGGUCGAGCAGUCGGACAAUCCUGUGGAAUGCGAAGGCAAAGAAGAGCAUGCCGAGUUUGUGCUGAUCCGUAAAGACGUGCUGUUUAAUCAGCUCAUCGAGACGGCCCUUUUAUCCCUGGGAUAUUCCCACAGUUCUGCAGCACAGGCUCAAGGGAUGAUCAAGGUUGGGAAGUGGAGUCCUCUGCCCCUGAAUUAUCUCACUGAAGCACCAGAUGCAACAGUAGCUGACAUGUUACAAGAUGUUCAUCAUGUUGUGACACUGAAAAUCCAAUUACAAAGCUGUGCAAAAUUUGAGGACCUUCCGGCAGAACAGUGGAACCACGCCACUGUCAGGAACGCAUUGAAGGAGCUGCUAAAAGAGAUGAACCAGAGCACACUAGCCAAAGAGUGCCCUCUCUCCCAGAGCAUGAUUUCCUCCAUCGUGAACAGCACUUAUUAUGCCAAUGUAUCAUCUGCCAAAUGCCAGGAGUUCGGAAGGUGGUACAAAAAAUACAAAAAGAUUAAAGAAUCAUCACAAGAUUGGGUUCCCUCAGUGUUUCAAUCAAACAGACUAUUCAAAGUGGAAAGAGAAAAUCUAGCCGAGUACUGUGUCCUAGGACAACGGCCGUCCCACCUGACAAGCAUCAACCAACUGGCAAACCUAGCAAAGAGCAGUGAGCAGCCUCCUCACAGCCAGCUCCAUCACAGCCCUCCCAUCCGAAGCCAAGUGCCAGCGUUACAACCGAUCAUGAGUCCUAGUCUACUGUCGCCGCAGUUGAGCCCUCAGUUGGUGAGGCAGCAGCUCGCCAUGGCCCACCUGAUCAACCAGCAGAUUGCUGUCAGCAGAUUACUGGCGCACCAGCACCCCCAGUCCAUUAACCAACAGUUCCUCAAUCACCCACCUAUCCCCAGGCCUGUAAAACCUUCGGAGCCCUCCAGCUCAUCAGUCGAGGUCGCUCCAGAAAUCUAUCAGCAAGUCCGAGAUGAACUAAAGAGAGCCAGCGUGUCACAAGCUGUGUUUGCACGAGUUGCCUUCAAUCGUACACAGGGCUUGCUAUCAGAGAUCCUCCGCAAAGAGGAAGAUCCUAGAACAGCAUCCCAGUCACUCCUUGUAAAUCUAAGAGCCAUGCAGAACUUCCUGAACCUUCCAGAGGCAGAACGUGACCGAAUCUACCAGGAGGAGAGAGAACGAAGUAUGAACCCAAACAUCUCCAUGGUCUCGCCUUCAGCAGGCAGCCCAGGGUCAUCUCGAGCCUCACAGGCCAAGAACUCUGCGUCGACAUCAGAUCUCCUGGUUAAGGUGGAGAGCACAAAUCUGAAUAUCACAUCAGCUAUUUAUGAUGACAUCCAGCAAGAGAUGAAACGAGCCAAAGUGUCUCAGGCAUUGUUUGCAAAGGUGGCAGCAAAUAAAAGUCAGGGAUGGUUGUGUGAGCUGCUACGUUGGAAGGAAAACCCGACGCCGGAGAACAGGACCUUGUGGGAAAAUUUGUGCACUAUCCUGCGCUUUCUGAGCCUUCCUCAGGCUGAAAGGGAUAUUGUCUAUGAGGAAGAAUCUCGGCACCAUCACAAUGAACGUUUGCAACAUGUUGUCCAACUGUCCCCAGAACCUACCCAGCAGGCCCACAUUCGAUCGGCUGAGCAUGGAGUUGCACUGGGAUCAGCAGUCCUUAGAGAGUCCGUGACCCGUUCACCCACACUCCCGGCUGAAGGAGGAUGUUUGAAGGCGAUACACAGACAGCAAUCCCAGCCUGGGAAGGACAGUUCACCCCCAAGAGAGGACAAAGCCACGCAGCCACAAGCGGCUGAGGAUAAUUGUGCCAAAAAGCCCAGAUCACGUACUAAGAUCUCCGUAGAGGCGCUGGGCAUCCUUCAGAGCUUUAUUCAUGACGUGGGCCUUUAUCCUGACCAGGAGGCCAUUCAGACCCUUUCUGCCCAGCUGGACUUGCCCAAGCAUACGAUUAUUAAAUUUUUUCAAAACCAGCGUUAUCACGUUAAGCAUCAUGGCAAAUUAAAAGAGCACUUAGGAACCACAGUCGAUGUUGCAGAAUACAAAGAUGAAGAGCUGCUUACAGAACCCGAGGAGAAUGACAGUGAGGAGGGCUCUGAGAUGUACACCAUGGAGGCAGGAGAGGAAAACCUCAGCAAAACCAAAGCCAAACCUCCAGAGAUAGAACAGAAAUAAUGUGAAACACAUUAGCUAAUACAUACUUUACAGAAAAGAACAUUGAUAAUUCUAUGUACAGCUUUGUGUAAUGCAUUACAUACGUAUGGAGUACAGCAGUAUUGAAUUUGCAGGUCUACUCUAAUGUUGCCUUGACAUAGAAUACCAGAAUGGACUUCAUUCACAGACCUUUGUGAGUCUUACAGACUGGAAAAGAUUAAACUCAUUUCAGAGUUUGCUUCACAGCUCAAUCCUGCACUAAAAGUUAAAAUAAAGAAGCAUUGAGGGCAAGUUUAAAAAGGACAUUCUCUCAGAACUUUCUCCGGACAAAGCUGUUUUUAUAAAGUUCUGUGACUGUACACUGAAAUGUAAAAUGAAGGUUUAUAAGGUUGUGUCCUCAAACCACUUUACGAUGACUUGUUUCAGCUUUUGAUAAGCUGCCUACUCUGGGGGAGGGGGGAGGGGGGUGAAUUUCUGCUUUUAAAAUUCCUAUUUAUUUUCUAAGUUUGUCCUGAAUUUUGACUAUGGUUGCCUGCCAAGUGGCUUUAAAAGUAUUUUGGGGUUUGUAUUUUUCACAAGAAAGAAACACCACUGCCAAAAAGCAAACAAACAAAAAUCAGACCAUCAGUAAACGCAAAAUACAUCUAUGAGAAUGCACACAAUUUUACAGGCUUGCACGUUGGCUGCUGUGUGGUUCAAUCAGUUGUAUUUUUUCAUUUUUGUACUAAGUAUUAAUAUUUUGAUUUACGCCAAAAAAGGAAGCAGAUAACAAUUUCAGAAAUGAUGUUGUCAGCCGAAAAUCAUAUACUGGAAUCACAAUUACAAUCACGAUGUGGAUUUCUGCGACAGGGACUGAGUUAACCGUAUUAACUGAGAAGAGAAAAUAAUAAUAAAAUGUGGUGUGAAUACAUAACUAUAUUCAGGGUUGCACAAUAAUAAAGCCUGAAGCCUACUGUCCCCAGGGUGUUUUAUUUUGUAUACAGGCUGAUAAAUAAUAGUCCGUUGCUGUCCUCUAUAAGCUUGGUAUGUUGUCUUGUAUGAGUCAGUUUUGAAGUUGGAAAAUUGGAAGGCCACUAAGAAUUUUUAGGUUCUUCCACAGCCCUCAUCUCAAACAGAACUUUUCUCUGUCACCUUAAAAUUAUGCUGUCGGUUAUUAGCAGAUGAAUGAUAUUGACACUUGAAUGCUUAACUCUUCAAAUGUGGAAUCCCUCUAUAUCUGCUAUUUUAGUAACAAAAUUGUUUCAAAUAAAUCGUGAGAAAUGGAAAUUGGGGCACAGAUGAUCCAUUAAAUGGGUUAACACUACUGCUACAAGAGUAAAAAGGAGAAACCUAAGAUUAACACCUUAAGUAGUUGUAUGCUAAUAGCCCGCAGCCUAAUUUCAGGGCCUUGUAUAUAUCCAUAAAGAACAUCUAUUUAUUAGAUUGCCAUUGUUUUCUGCUAGCAGUCUUGUAAAAGGAUAGUUCUUUGUGCACAGAGGAAAACAUGCUCAUUUGUCUUCCUUUAAUGCUCUUCUUCCCCUCAUCAACACGGGUAAGGUGCAGCCAGUGUCUGUUGUGCUCUUGAAUGCUGGUUAUUACUGUUACAGUCUGCCAAGCAGCAACGCUGAAGAAAAAUAAAACAUGACUCCCAGAUUUAUUGUCUUAUAUCCUUAGCAGCAUUUCGGAUGUGGUUUGGCACCUACUAAGGAAACUAAUAGAAAUAGUAAUCUUCGAAUAGGAAGACCUUUAAAAGUUGUCCAUUUUAACAUGGAGUGGAACCCCUAGCUAAUUUAUCUCAGGAUUGCCAACAGGAGACUUGAUCUUACACAGAAAUGAAUUAUAUUCAGGGAUGAACAGAUCUUAAUGGAGAUAGACUAGCACAUUAGAAGAAGCUGCUCUUACACAGAUCUUUAUCUUUAACCGACGUGACCAUAAAAAACCCUCCAUUUCAGCAAAAAGAAUCAAUAAUUAGCUUUUCUGCUGUUUUUUUUUAUGUGUAGUUUAUUGUGACAAGGAACUUCUUAAAACCAAUUACUUCUGUUGAGUUUGUACAAACUGUUCAAUUAAUAAGGACACAAGUUUUUUUGUAACAUUUUAACCAAAAUAUGUACUGGAAAUUGUCAACGCUAAGUCUUGCCUAUUCAGUUUUAUUACACUGCAAGAACUGCAGUGAUGUUAAAGUGAAUCUAUGGGCAUUUUAGCCUAUGGUCUUGCCAGAUUUGAAAAGUACAAUGCAUAUAUGUCUAUUUAUUCAUUACCUGUCAUAUAUUAUCUAUUUGGAAAAAAAAGUAAACUUGCUUUCAUAGUGCCUCUUGAGAAAGCACAAAUUUCUGCCUUUGGUGAAAUGAAGAAUAAUUGUGCUUUUGUAUUAUUGACAAUGUGAAUAUAAAAUUAACAUAUUGUAAAUGUUCUUUUUCAUGUGAAUCAACAUUCUAUCUGUAUUAUCACAAAGUGAUAAUUAUUUUUAAGUUAUGUGCAUUGU